AUAUUACAGGUUGUAUUUAGACGUAAAGCACAAAUAAAAAUUAUUCUUUGUAUACGAAUAAUCAAUUUUCCCAUAUUUUUCACACAUUACAAUUUCCCAAUAAUAUUUUGAUUGAUAUUUUUUUAUUAAGUCGUAUUAAUUAUUUAAGGCAUGCGCUUUAUGAUCAUUACAUCAGCUGUUCAAUACAACAGUAUGGUAGUUGUUUGUGUAUAGUAAUUGCAAGGUCAGUCUUUGUGCUACUAUAUAUACUUGUUUCAAAACAAAAAUUAAGCUUUUUUCGUGUAUAAAUUCAAGUACUAAUUUCUUAAACAUAAUAACGUGAUUAAAUCGAAAGUGAUAUCCCCAUUUUGGACUCAUGAAUAGCACAAGUUCUUCAGACUCAAAUGGACCCAAAACAUUUUCUGUAAACUUUAACCAGGAUGCCUCAUCGUUACAAGUUGGAUGCAGGAAUGGGUAUCGGUUAUACGAGUUGAGCUCGGUUGAUUCCCUAGAACUCGUUUAUAGCAAUGGAGCUGAGGAUAGUAAUUUAGUUGAAAGACUCUUUUGUAGCAGUCUAGUUGCAGUGGUUUCUCUAACAUCUCCAAGAAAAUUGAAAGUGUGCCAUUUCAAGAAAGGAACCGAAAUUUGUAAUUAUUCCUAUUCCAACACAAUUUUAUCCGUUAAACUUAAUAGAUCUCGUUUGAUCGUUUGUCUAGAAGAAAGUUUGUAUAUACAUGACAUUAGGAAUAUGGGGGUGUUGCACACAAUCAGAGAUACACCGCCGAACCCAUCGGGUUUGUGUGCGUUAAGUAUUAACCACGAAAAUUGUUACGUCGCUUAUCCAGGUUCGUCGAGUAUCGGGGAAGUACAAGUUUUCGAUGCGGUUAAUUUGCACGCGAAAACUAUGAUACACGCUCACGAUAGUACCCUAGCAGCUCUGACGUUCAGUUCUAGCGGUACUCGCAUAGCUACGGCUUCGGAAAAAGGAACGGUGAUUAGAGUUUUUUCUGUAGUCGAUGCUAGUAAAUUGUACGAGUUCAGGAGAGGUAUGAAACGCUGUGUUGCCAUAUCGUGUUUGGCGUUUAGCCUGUGCGGACAAUUUUUAAGUUGUAGCAGCAAUACGGAAACGGUUCACAUAUUCAAAUUGGAAGAUCCGCAUAAUAGUCCGAGAAGGAGCGUCGAGGAGAGUAGUUGGAUGGGUUAUUUAACUAAUUACCUUCCGACUCAAGUUACGGAUGUUUUUACCCAAGGUAGAGCUUUCGCUACGGCUUACUUACCGUUUUGUGGGGUCAAAAAUGCGAUUGCUAUUGCAACUAUUCAACAUCAGCUUCGAUUGUUAGUGGCAACCGAAUCCGGAGUACUCUAUAUAUACAAUAUCGAUCCUAACGAACCAGGAGAUGCCGUUUUAUAUAAAGAACACCGUCUAGAUGCAGUGCCAGAAAAUUUUGAUAAAACCGAUAAAGGUAGAAGCUCGUCCCCUCAAAAUAUCGAAGGCAUACUAGGUAGCUACGCCGGCAUCGUCAAAGGCAAUCCACCCGGCCAAAUGUCAGGUACUGAAUCUGACAAGUUACGAGAAAUGGCUGCAGCAGCGGAAUCUCCACCAAAGGGAGCUUUCCAGUUUACCGAUGAUCAAGAAUAUCCCCCUUUAACGCAAAUUUCCGACUGAGAUAGACUACAAGGUUACCAACAAAUCGAUCUGUUGCAAUUGUCUGCCAAAGAGAGAUUGCAACUUACCUGCAUCUCGAUUUUAGUCAUACAUCUUGUUGUUUGUCUGCUUGAAGAUAUUAUUCUAUUUACAAUCGAUUUUUUUAUAUAAUAACUUUUUUCUCCCAUAUUUCAUAGACAUAUCAUCCCCAGGAAAUUUAUUUAACAAUUUUUUUUGUAAAAAAAAAACAAUCAUAUCAAAGCUUAUUUGACAUAUGGAUGUUUUAGGAACACUAGGAAUUAUAUAUAAAAAGAAAAUGACUCAAAAAUAAAAUUGAAUGUUAUUUUUUUAAACUUAUAUAAACCCUAAAAAGGCUGAAAAAUUAAAAAAAAAUGCUAAAUGUGGCUUUCCUGUAUAUAAAACUGAACGCCAUUAAUCUCUUUUUAUGGAACGAAUUUUUUAUCCUAUAGAAAAAUUUUUGUAAAAUCAUUUUUUUCAUAACAAAAAUGUGAUAUAUUCGAAAAGGUGGAGCAGGUUAUCCUGUCAUUUCCCAUACAUAACCUAUAGAGUGACUGUCAACUGUCAGAAUCAAAUAGAGUUGCCGAAUCAAAAUUUUCGAAAAGAUCGUUCAGGGUAUCCUCUUAUUUUCCAUACAUAAUCUAUAAAAUGACUCAACUGUCACAAUCAAAUAGCGUUACCAAAACAAAUUUUUCGAAAAGGGGGUUCAGGUUCGUUAUCCUUUUAUUUCCCAUAUAUAACCUAUAAAGUGAUUGUCAGCUGUCAGAAUAAAACAUCGUUUUCGCAUCAAAAUUAUUGAAAAGGUGGUUCGGGUUGGUUAUCCUUUUAUUUCCCAUACAUAACCUAUAAAGUGAGUGUCAACUAUCAGGAUCAAAUAGCGUUGCCAAAUCAAACGUUCGAAUUGGUUUCUUUGUAAAAUUGAAAUUUUUCAUACUUUAUUCAGUUUGCGGACCACUUUUUUUCUCGAUUUUACAAAUUUACUCAGAAAAAAAAAUGGCUACUAAAAAAAUUGAUUAGAUAGUUAAUUUUAACUUUUUUAAUUCGGUAUAAAGUUGAUUUAAUAUCAAAAUUAAUUGUCGUUACACGUUAUUGGGUGCUAUAAAAACAAAAUUACUUACAAUUCGAAUCAAAUAUUGAAAAAAAAUAUUUAUACGAGGUGGUGACCGAAAGUAUGUUUGUUUAUUGUUGGAAUGUUAUUUGAAAAUAUAAUUUGUAAUGACAUUAAAGUAAAUAAUAAUCUCCAUGGUUGGAUAAAUGUUUUUCUUUGGAAAAACUCUUACUUUUUAAUGCACGCUGUAUAUAAUUCUUUAGGUCAUAUUGUACUUUUCUUUUGGUAAGUUAUUUGUAUCGAAACAAAUAUAAGUUGUAAGUAAA